CGUGUUUCACUACGUUGGCUUCUCUCCCAGAAAGAUUUCGGUGUGGGAAUUUCAAUUUUACGUUUUGUGAGGCUGUCGGAGGCUCUAUUACCGGAGACCGCAUCCCGAACGAUUCGCUGAGCACCUCUAGACGGAAUAAGUGUGCCGGCCGUGAUGACGACAGAGGCGGGAUCAGAGACGGAUGUGAAGAAGGAACCAGAGAAGGUUCCUGAAGUUGAGCAGCAGCAGGAGCAGGAGACGGUUCCUCCACAAACAGAGGAGCAAAGCAGCAAACCCGCUGAGAGUGAAGCCCCGCCCACUGCAGCUGCUGCCGCUGCCGUCGACCAACCACAGGAGGAGAAUCAGAGUGCGGAGCCCCAGAGUGAGCCAGAAGCGUCUGCGUCUCCUGACCCCAGCAGUCCUCCCGCCGCCAGCGCACAGAAGAAGGAAAAGGGCAUCUCUCGCUUCCUGCCUCCAUGGCUUAAACGACAAAAAUCCCAGAGCCAGGAGAAACCGGCUGAGAGCCCAGCGCCACACACAGAGCCCAUCGAGGAGAAGAGCGUCAAGGAGGAGAACGAGGAGGAGGAGAAGAAAAGCGGAGACCAGCCGGACGGAGGAGCUGCAGAGCGUACAGAGGAGGAGGAGGAGGAGGUGAAGGAAGAGGCUCAGAGCAGACCACAGGAGGAAGAGCAGGAGAAAGAAGAGGAGGAGAAGGAGAAAGAGGAGGAGAAGUCUGUCGGCAGUGCUGACACACAGCCUGCGAGGGAGGAGAGAGAGGGAGAGCCGGAGGUGAAGGAGAGCGAGGAGAAGAAAGAGGAGAAGAAAGUGCAAGAGCAAGUGAUCCAGCCGGAGGAGAGCGCGGCGCUGCUGCCACACAAACUCAACAAGAAGAUGAAGAUGGUGGUGUGUCACGUCACCUUACUGGACGGCAGCCAGUUCUCCUGUGAGGUGGAGAAACGUGCGAAAGGCCAGUAUCUGUUUUUUGAAGUGUGCGAGCACCUGAAUCUGGUGGAGAAGGAUUACUUCGCACUGAGCUUUAAAGACAACGCUGAGCAGAGGUGCUGGCUGGACCCGACCAAGGAGAUCAAGCGUCAGAUCCGCAACUCUCAGUGGCAGUUUGCAUUCAGUGUCAAGUUUUACCCUCCUGACCCGUCCCAGCUGACCGAGGACUUGACCAGGUAUCUGUUAUGUCUUCAGCUGCGGCAGGACAUCGCGUCGGGACGGCUGCCGUGUUCAUUCGUCACACACGCUCUGUUGGGCUCCUACGCCCUGCAGGCCGAGCUGGGCGACCAGGACCCGGACGAGCACCGCCUAGACUACAUCUCAGACUUCCAGUUCGCCCCAAACCAGACCAAGGAGCUGGAGGAGAAAGUGGUGGAGCUGCACAAGUCCCACAGGGGAAUGACUCCUGCUCAAGCAGACGCCCAGUUUUUGGAAAACGCCAAGAAGCUGUCUAUGUAUGGUGUAGACCUGCAUCACGCCAAGGACUCUGAGGGAGUGGACAUCAUGCUGGGAGUGUGUGCGAAUGGUUUGUUAAUCUAUAAGGACCGUCUGCGGAUAAACCGCUUCGCUUGGCCCAAAAUCCUCAAGAUCUCCUACAAACGCAGCAACUUCUACAUUAAGAUCAGGCCAGGAGAGGCUGAGCAGUUCGAGAGCACCGUGGGCUUCAAGCUGCCCAAUCACCGUGCUGCCAAAAGAGUCUGGAAAGUGUGUGUGGAACAUCACACCUUCUUCAGGUUGACGUCUCCUGAACAGCCCACCAAGAGCAAGUUUCUGACUCUGGGCUCCAAGUUCCGCUACAGCGGGCGGACGCAGGCGCAAGCAAGGCAGGCCAGCACCCUCAUCGACCGGCCCACGCCGUACUUCCAGCGCACCUCCAGCAAACGCAUCUCCCGCAGCCUGGACGGAGCUCCUAUGGUGAACAUAAGUGAUUACAGUCGUGCUGUGGACUCUGCCGCCGGUGGAGAUAACGGUCCAGCCCUGGAGCUCAACUCCGACUCUAAGACUCCACAGGUGGAGCUCGAGGAGAAGCCAAGUGUGGACGCGGCCAUAUCCGUCACCUCCGAGGCGGCCUCUGAGAGCAAGUUGAGAGUGCAGGGGGAAAAUAUAUAUGUCAGACAUAGCAAUUUAAUGUUGGAGGACUUGGAUAAGACCCAGGAGGAUGUGUUGAAACAUCAGGCUAGCAUUAGCGAGCUAAAGCGCAGUUUUAUGGAGGCUGCGCCCGAGCCCAGGCCCAGUCAGUGGGACAAGCGCCUGACGGGCAGCCCUGCCACCACCCUGCGUCUGCAGGCUCCAGGGAGUUUAGAAGAGGAGCUCACCUCUCUGUUUCUGAGUAAGGCCUGUUUCUCGGCUCUGUCUGGCUCCUGCAGUGCCGCUGCUGCUCCAGCAGAGGGCAGGAGAGUCUCAGCUCAGCCCGAGGCUCCACAGAUCAGCUCUCCUCUCCCGGAGGCCGACAGCAGAGACGCCAGCAAGAGCACAGAGGUCAAACCUGAGGUCAACGGUCAGCCAGAGGUCGUAGAAGUCGUGGAAGAGACCGUGGUCAUCGAGGAAGUGGUCAAAGCCAAACCCAAAAGUCCCACUCCCGAACCGGAGAGCGCGGCGCAGGACCGCAGUUUAUCGUCCGACAGCGAGAGCGAAGACGAGGCUGAGUAUCACGCGCACACGCCCAGCAUCUCAGUCCAGCUGAUCAAAGAAGAGCCGGAGGAGGAACUUAACCAACAAGCCCCGCCGCCUGAGCCUAUCACAGAAGCAGAGCCAGCAGACCCCGCCCCCUCUGCACAAACCGAAGAGGAUGAAGCUCCCAACGGACACGCCCCCAUUCCAGAAGCCCCGCCUGCUGGGACAUCAGAGGAGGAGCCUCACAUCGUCAAUGGCGGCGUUUCUCGAGUGGAAACGGAGGUUAUUUGUUGUUCGGAGCCUCCAGUUGUGAAGACUGAGAUGGUGACCAUUUCAGACACGUUUGCGGCGCAGAAGACGGAGAUCUCCACUAAAGAGGUGCCCAUCGUUCACACCGAGACCAAGACCAUCACUUAUGAGGCUGCACAGCUGGAUGGUAAUGGAGACGGAGAGCCUGGUGUCCUCAUGACUGCCCAAACCAUCACCUCUGAGUCUCUCUGCACCACCACCACCACACACAUCACCAAGACACUAAAGGGCGGCCUGUCAGAAACUCGCAUUGAGAAGCGCAUCGUCAUCACGGGAGACUCUGACAUUGAUCACGAUCAGGCGUUGGCCCAGGCUAUAAAGGAGGCCAAAGAGCAGCACCCUGACAUGUCAGUGACCCGCGUGGUGGUGCACAAAGAGACGGAGCUGGCCGAGGAGGACGACUGAAGCGCAGAGCUGAAGUCGGGCUGAUCAGAGCAGGUCGCCGGUGGAGGAGGAACAUCUGCAUCUUCUAUCAUUCACAACCAGAACCACUUAGCUAACAUUUGUAGCAUUUUAUUUUUUUAGUGUUUGUUUUAUCUCUUUUAUCCCCCCUCCCCUCUCAAAAGAUCGUCUUUACCAUUUAUGAAGACCAGAUUUAUGUUAUUUUUAUUGUCGAUUAGUAAUUCACAUUCCUAGUUCACGGGUUUGGAGAGAAGGAGUCCUGUUGUGGCGUAAGAAUAAUAUUAAUAUUAAUAAUAAGAGGAGCGUGAGCAUAUGAAGGUGACAUGAACCAUUACUGUAGAGAGCGGGGAUGACGAUAGGGGCGGGACUACAGUCUAAAUGUCGAUUGGUUUUUAUGAUGUCAUAAUGGAAGGGAUCAGCACAGGAUGAUUGUGAUUGGUGGACGGCGCUGUCUAUCAUUCCUCUAUGCAGACCAACACACCAACAUUCCACUGAGAGGAUGAAGAAGCCUCUUCUACCUCUCUGAGAACCAGACGAAACUUUACACACACAUGUGCAAAAAAAAAAAACACACACACAAAACAAAAACAAGAAACCUAGGCAGCUCUAUGGAAAGCUUUGAUUUCCAGCCAUUUUUCUGGCACCAACAUUCAGAUAUGUAUUUGUAGAUCAUCUUUUUUUUUUUAAUCUGCUGAUUUGGAGGAGAUCCGAGUGUUUUAAAUUUUUUUAGUGAAAUUUUUUGAUGAAAUGAACAAAUGAACUGCCAGCGCUGAUGUUUGUAGGCCUGUGCUCCGUCUCUCUCUGUCCGCUCCUCAUCCCGCCCGCUGUAUAGCAGUUAAACCGUAGCAUUGACUCUCUUUCCUUUUUUUUAAGCAGCUUUGGAUGAUCUGUCAUGUUUUUAUGCCCCACCCAUUGUGUAACACUUCAAAUAAAAGUUUGUUUAUUCUCUAA